AUGCGGAACCUGCGCAACAUUCGAUACGGCGCCUGGCUGCCAGAGUCACCGUCGGCGGCUGCCGUCACCUCGGCAUGCUGGGACCCCGCCAAAGACGAGGUGCUCUGCACCACUGGGCCGACCGAGGCGAAAGCCACCAUUGAGCUGGUGAGGCUGUCGGACCACCAGCAACAGCAGCAAAUUAAAUCACACGUCGUUGCGAGCUGGGAUGCGCCGAGCCCGAGCCCGGACCUGCCCGCGGACAGGGUUGUCAGCAUCCACCACUUCAGCGAUACCCUGACGACAUGUAUUAUCCUCGAGGGGGGUGACAUAGUCACGGUCCAGGAGGAUGAUGGCUUCAGCGGCGCUGGCGAUGUUCAGAUUGAGAUUGUCGGCUCCAUUGACGCCGGCAUCGCUGCUGCGGGAUGGUCCCCUGACGAGGAGCUGCUCGUUGUCGUGACCAAGGAGGGAAAUGCUGUCUUCAUGGGCAGGACGUUCGAUCCUAUUGCCGACGUCGAGAUGACCGCGGAGGACCUGAAGCUGUCGAAGCAUGUCUCUGUUGGAUGGGGCAAGAAGGAGACGCAGUUCCAGGGCAAGGGUGCCAAGGCGCUUCGUGACCCGACGAUUCCUGAAAAGGUCGACGAGGGACUGCCGAGUGUGAAUGAAGACGGGAGCGCGGCUGUCAGCUGGAGGGGUGACGGCGCAUAUGUCGCCAUCAACUCGACCGCUGGCGGCGCGAGGAGAGUCGUGAGAGUCUUCUCGCGCGAGGGUGUGCUUGACAGUGUCAGCGAGCCCGUGGAUCACCUUGAAGGCAGUCUCAGCUGGAGGCCGUCGGGCAAUUUGAUUGCUGGCAUUCAGCGACUGCCCGAGAAAACUGACGUCGUGUUCUUUGAGAGGAACGGUCUGAGGCAUGGGCAGUUCACGCUCCGCAACGCCGACGGACCCCUGAGCGAGCAUAAGAAGAUCCGGCUCGAGUGGAACUCUGACUCUACCGUUCUGGCUGUCAUCUUGAAAGACAGGAUACAGCUAUGGACGAUGGGCAACUAUCACUGGUAUCUCAAACAGGAGCUGCCAUUGGCGUCCGAGUUUUCCGGGCUCUCUUGGCAUCCCGAGAAGCCGCUUCGUUUCGCUGCCGCGACAAUAGGUGGGGUGAACUUUGCCGAGUAUAUCUUCACCGUGGCCCGCGGCUCCUUGAGCCCCCCGAACGACCACGGAUCAGUCGCCGUGAUCGACGGGCAAACGGUCAAGCUCACCCCUUUCCGGACGGCGAAUGUGCCGCCGCCCAUGGCAUGGGCUGAGCCGGAGUUCCCUGCGAGCGUCGUUGAUGUCGCGUUUGAUCCUAGCAACUCGCUGAUGGCGGUGCUGCACCGCAAGGGACUGGACAUCUUUCAGUGGCAGACGAAGGGGGGCAGGUCAAUACGUCCCAAGGAGCUGGCCAAGGUUGUCUUUGAUGCGGCUGGAGUCCCGCUCCAAGUGGCCUUCUCGUCAAAGACGGAGUGCCAAAUUCUGGCAUCUGCAGAGGGCCUCAAGGUCGAGACCUACGCUGUUAAGGCAUCGGGACUGAGUCUCACCAACACCACUCAGCUGAAGCCCACGGAGACCAUAGCAUCUAUCUUCAGCUACGAAGGCGAUUCAGGGGUUGAAGCCAUCGCUCAGGAUCGUUCAGGCAAGCUGUACAGGCUGUCCAGUCAACAAGCCCCUGAGCUGCUUGGGACACAGCUCUCAACCCAGCUUCCAUGGUGCGAGGUGAGGGGCAUCAACGGUAGGCCUGUGGCUCUGGGCAUGGCCAGGAAUGGUCACCUCUACGCCAAUUCUAAGCAACUGGCCAAGAAUGUUACCUCGUUCGCCGUCACCCCGGCGCAUAUCAUCUUCACAACCAGCAAUCACUUUCUUAAGUUUGUACACUUGGUGGACCCAGAGGAAAUGGAGGUUCCCGGGGACGACCCGGAGAUUGACGAGAGAUGCCGAAGCAUUGAGCGUGGCGCUCGUCUGAUCACAGCCACUCCUACCAACAUGAAUCUGGUCCUCCAGAUGCCGAGAGGAAACCUCGAGACUAUCUACCCCCGUGCUAUGGUCGUUGCUGGUAUCAGGCAACUCGUAGACGAAAAGAACUACGGCAGAGCCUUCGCUUUCUGCCGCACACAGAGAGUCGACAUGAACAUCCUUUACGACCACCAACCAAGCCAGUUUCUUUCCAACGUUGGUCUUUUCCUUGAGCAGCUCAAAGACAUUAGCUACAUUGAUCUCUUCCUGUCAUCACUGAGGGAGGAAGACGUCACUCAAACAAUGUACAAAGACACGAAGCGCUCCCCGAGGUCGUCAGAGCCAGAGCCCGCCACAAAGUCGUCAAGAUCCAAGGUCAACAAGAUCUGCGACGCGAUCCUCAAGAGCCUGGCUUCCAAGAAGGCUACAAACCUCCAGAACACCAUCACAGCCCAUGUCUGCAAAGACCCACCAGCGCUCGACGAUGGACUUACCCUUGUGUCGGAGCUCAUGCAAGAGGACGAGAAGCUCGCCGAGCGCGCCGUCGAGCACAUUUGCUUCCUCGUCGACGUCAACCGCCUCUACGACAACGCCUUGGGCCUGUACAACCUCGACCUCGCUCUGCUCGUUGCUCAGCAAUCUCAGCGUGAUCCGAGGGAGUACCUCCCCUUUAUCCAGAACCUGCACAAACUUCCGGACCUGCGCCGCAAGUUUGAGAUCGACGACCACCUCGACCGCAGGGCCAAGGCUCUUUCCCACCUCAAGGCCUUGAACGCGUUCGAAGAGCUCCAAAACUACGUCGUCAAGCACUCGCUCUACCAAGAGGCUUUGGGCUUGUACCGGUACGAUCAGGCGCGUCACCAGACCCUCACCGGCCUGUAUGCAAGCCACCUCGAGUCGAACUCCAAGUACCGCGACGCGGGUCUCGCCUACGAGACCCUGCAAAACUUCUCCAAGGCGACAAGCUGCUACCGCGCCGCCGGCGUGACAUGCUGGCGCGAGUGUCUCUUUGCGGCACAGCAACAGACCCCUCCGCCGUCGGAGGACGCCUUCACAGAACUCGCAUCAACACUCGCCGAGGCACUGUGGGAGGGUAAGGAGUACGCCGCCGCGGCCACGAUCCACGCAGACUACCUCUCCGCCCUCGAGACGGCGGUCAAGUGCCUCUGCAAGGGGUACCACUUCGCCGAGGCCCUCCGCCUCAUCGCCCGCGACCGCCGCCCGGAUCUGCUCCCUACGGUCUUCGACUCCGGCCUCGUCGAGGCGCUCAGCAGCAGCACCGAGUUCCUCGCCGACUGCAAGUCGCAGCUUCUCGCGCAGGUGCCCCGCGUGGCGGAGCUCCGCAAGAAGGCGGCCGAGGACCCGCUGGCCUUCUACGAGGGCGAGCGGCCCGGCGGGCAUGGCGACAUCCCCGACGACGUCUCCGUCGCGGCCAGCUCGCGGAUGAGCACCAACGCGAGCUUGUUCACGCGGUACACCGGCAAGGACGGCAGCGUGGGCACGCUCGGCACGGGGGUGUCGCGCGCGACCAGCAAGAACCGCAAGCGCGAGGAGAAGAAGCGCGCGCGCGGCCGCAAGGGCACGGUGUACGAGGAGGAGUACCUCGUCAACAGCGUCCGCCGCCUCGUCGAGCGCGUGGAGGGCGGGGCCAAGGACGAGGUCGGCAGGCUCGUGUUCGCGCUGGUGCGGCGGGGCAUGACGGAGCGCGCGAGAGCGGUGGAGGUGCUCAUGGCGGAGGUCGUUGAGGGGUGCAAGGCGGCUGUCAGGGAGGUGUUCAACGUCAAGGAGGAGACCGAGGCCGAGGCCGUCAUGGGUCCCGACGGGGAGAUGUGGAUUCCCUCCGGAGCGGAUGCCGUCCUGCAGGAGCAUCUCGACGCGAGGGCGAAGAAGCUCGAACCGCCCGUCCUCGGGGCGUUCCAGAAGCUGACGCUGUUGGGAUCGUAG